UUCGCUUUUGCUUUUGCACUCCUUCUAAACAACGCGAUUUUAAAAAACUUUUGCAAAGGCCAAAGUGUACAAACCGUAGUCCACUCUGUUCAUAACAUAUUGUAGUUUUGCGAAAAGAAAACAGUAUUGAAUGUCGGCCAAAAUCCAUCUCGUUCCAUCUUCUCCCACUGCGCCAGUGUGUUUCCCCUCAGCGGAAACGCCAAGCGGAUGCUUCACGUUUAUACAUCCAGUAAAAUAUCUGUCUCAUUGUUCUAUCUGACAGCUCCGUCUCUUUAAAUAUAGCAUCUGUCAGGAUGAGACGGGGGAAGUUAAGGCCUCGUGGCUAAUGGUACCACCUUACAUAAUUUCAAGCCAAUAGGCAGCCUCGCUAAACUUUCCUCCUCUUCCUGAUAUCUGUGCAGAGGGAGGCUGCUGAGGACGAAGUCUGCUGCUGGGGCAGUGGGUCUAGGGGGCAUGCUCUGAUCACAUCAGGAUAUUGGUGCAUGUAACAUGGAAAUACUGCAGGAGGCGGACUGAUUCUCAACAACAGACACACUAUGACUUCUCCUCAUUAGACUGUAUGAGGAAUGAUAGAGUGUAUGUGAGUGGGAUACAAAACUAACCCCAUGUCACAAUGAUCGACAAUGGGUGUGUGUAGAUUGAUGAGAAGAAAAAAAACAAUUUAAUCAAUUUUAGAAUAAGGCUGCAAAGUAACAAAAUGUGGAAAAAGUCAAGGGGUCUGAAUACUUUCCGAAGGCACUGUAAGUACUUUGAGUCAUCCUUCCUCCUCAUCACCCCUGCAGCACUGACAGUGUUUAUUCAUCAGCAAUAGUACCAGAGCUGCACACUCAUACUCACUUCCUGUGCUCUACUGAGGUAAAAACUGAACUCUCUGAUGACCCAGAUUCGUAUCAUCAUGCUUGAAAACAAAGACUUUAACCUUCAAGUGGAGGAGGAUAACCCCCCAGUGAGCCGACUAACUGCUGCCAGAGAUGAGUCCCACUGCUGAUAGGACCAGGGAGAAAAGCUCGGUACACUCUUGUGUGGCUGCUAGGCCCGUCUGGAUCUCCACAGUGCAGAGCCAGGACAGCCAUGGCCAAGAGAGACUACCUGGUGGAGGCAGCCAAGCAGAUCCGAAUGGCUCUGGACAGGGAGUGGACCCUAACAAGGAGCGCCGGGAGGCAGUGAAGAGGAAGACUACUCAGUAUCUGAAGAGGGCCGAGGAAAUCUUUAUCUCCCACCUGCAGGACAACCUGGGGAAGGGGAACUCUCACUUAGGGGGUUACAGUAGUCUGAGAUUCCGGCCAAUCAGACACCUGAGCUGCCCAGUGGAGGAUCUGGAGAUGUGUAAAGUGGUGGGGAUCAUCGAUAAGGUUCUGAUUGUCCAAAGCCUGAUUACAAAGGAGAAAUGUGUUGUUAAAAGCCUGCCCAAGUCGAGCUGGGAGAGCCGGGACCAGCCCACUAUCAUCCCCCAGGGCGUCCCCUAUAUGGUGAAGCUGCUGAGGUACUAUGUCAGUGAGGAUGCUGUGUACCUGCAUCUGGAGCAUGUUCAAGGUGGGAAGCUUUUCUCCAAACUGUCCAAGGUGAGGAACGACCGAGCCAAGGAGCACCCAGAAUGCUACAUUCCCAGCCAGCACAGGAUCAAACUGAAGAACAGCUACACCUCCCCUACCAUCAGUUCAGACUACCAGCAGAAUGACAGAGGGGACACAGGGGCAACCCCUCUCCUGGAGAGGGAGAACGAGGAGAACCCAGAAACAGACUCCCCUGCAUCUUGGCAUGAGGCUCAGCAUCGUCUGGAAGGCUGUAGGACCCACUCAUACUGCGAGGAGACAGGCUGCCUGCAGAACAACUCAAGGUCUACAGCGCUACAGCCCUCUUUAUCUGGGCCAAUGAGGACAGACAUCAGUCCCCAUAUCCAUCCAGCAGGCCACAGUCAGUGUUUGCACUCUGAAACUCAGGACAAGCCUGCUCUUCCUAGUCAUCUGUGCAUCGAUCAGGUUCCUGAUGUCACCUCUGAGACUUCUGGGAAGGCCACUGGAACAGAAAAAAUUGAAUCCAGUUUGGAUUUUGACGUGGUGUGGAAGGCUGCUGAUCUGACACAGAAUUGUGAGAGUGACUCCGAUAUAGCUGCAGGUAAACCUGUACCUCAAACAACUCAGACCUCUUCUGGUGGGACAGGGUCAACAGUGAACUUGAAGAAUCAUUCUAUCAGUUUGUAUUCACAGAAAAGUUAUGUUCUCCUCCAUAAUCAAAGCCAGGCUAGUGAGAUGGCAACUUUGACUUCCUAUGGCUCUCACCAAGGCAGUGUUUCAGGUGGAGACCUUGAGAACACUGUGGGUGUAGAGCUAUCCACACACCAGGAGAGGGGGCAGGAAGAACAGGUAAACCGUCACACUACUGAAAAGAGCAUUGUGAACACAGAGACUUCCCAGCCUGGCAGAGCUGUGUGUCCCUCUACAGUAGACGAGCUGAAGGUCAUGAGGACAUCCUCAGGGAUCUCUCACCCCCCUUCCCUGCCUCACUGUCUCAGUGCUGGGACACAGCAGGGGAACCAGGCAGGCAUCUCCCUGGCCCUCACAGAGGCAAAGUAUCAUGUGGGGCCUCCUUGCAGAGAGCCAGGGGAGGAGGUGGAGGAGGGCUGGGAGCUGAGCCCUUUGAGUAAGGACAUCCCCCAAGGGAAAGGAUCACUGUGUGACCACAACACCACUGGCCCCACAGGGGCCUCCCCACAGUGUCGGAAGGAGGACAUGAAUGCUUUCCUGAAGUCAAAGGGAUCAGAUGGACAGGGUCAGGAUCAGAUCAUUGAGGUAGAGGGCUGGUGCCACCAGCCCAAGUUCCCAGCCAAGGCCUCCAGAGGGAGAGAUGGGGUCAGGCAGGGCUGUUGGGGGCUGCCUGAGGCAGAGGUGCGUCUGUUGGGAGCUCAGAUCCUCCUGGCCCUGGAGAGUCUUCACCAGCAAGGUGUCAUGUGCCGUGACCUCAACCCAAAGAACAUCCUGCUUACCAGCAUCGGAAAGGUCUGCCUGACAUUCUUUGGCCAGUGGAGUGAAGUUCAGUCAGAAACCAACUCUGAAGCUAUGGACCAGAUGUACUGUGCCCCAGAGAUUGGAGGUGUGUCCAAAAUAACAGAGGCUUGUGAUUGGUGGAGUCUGGGGGCAUUGCUAUUUGAACUUCUUACAGGAAUGCCCCUGUGGCAGUUCCACCCAGCCGGGGUACAUUCUCACACCCAGCUUCUGAUCCCAGACCAGCUGAGUACUGCAGCUGCCUCCCUGCUCACUGAGCUUCUGCAGUUUGACGCUGGUUAUCGUUUGGGCUCUGGAGGCGGUGGAGUGAGUGACAUCAAGUGUCACCCCUUCUUCAAUGGUGUCUCCUGGAAGGCACUGAGCAGUUAGCAGACUGUCUGUAGCCUGAACAGUUAUCUGCAGCCAAGUGAAGUUGGGCAGCCACUGCCCCCUUGUGGCUAAAAUAAUUGAAACCCCAGCUCUGGAGCUACUUCCUGAGCAUCUUGUUCUUCCCAAAGAAUGAGAAUUAGAAGGGUAAUUCAGAGCAAUAUGCACACAGCCAACAUGUCAGCCCUGCAACAACCAAACUCCUGCCUGCAGUGUUCUCUUUGUAACAAAGAGGCUAGUGUAAACAUAGUAGGUCAAAAUGUACUCCUGGGUGACUUUUGGGGUAUUUCUGUUGUACAAAUGACAUGCAAUGCUACUGUUAACAUCCAUGCAUAGCAUCACCAAGUAUGGAAACUGAUGUUUUUCAUUGUCAAACACUUACUACACAAAUACUUUUUGGUCAGCAAAAUGAAGCAAUGCAUCUGUGCUG